AUGUCCUUCCUCUUCGGCGGCGGCCGUCCGCAACCCAGUUCGGCGGAAAAGAUUGCAGCUGUGGAAACCGAGAUGGAAAUGGUGUCCGACAUGUUCAGCAGAUUAACACAAUCCUGCCUGUCGAAAUGCGUGCCUGCCGAUUAUCGUGAAGCCGACCUAAGCAAAGGCGAGAGCGUUUGUCUCGAUCGCUGCGUCGCCAAAUUCUUUGAGGUCAACAUGAAAGUCUCGGAGAAGAUGCAGAGUGCUGCACAGGCCGGUGGUGCUGCUGGUGGUGGCGGCGGCGGCGGUAUGUUCGGCAUGUAA